AUGGCUGCCACCCGGGCGUUUGCCCCGGCCCAGCUGACGUAUUGGUCUAACAACGUCCAGGGACUCAACUCCCCAGAAAAACGGGCCCACUUGCACCGCCGACUGUGGAGUGCUAAGGCCUCCGUCGUUUUCCUGCAAGAAACCCAUCUCAAAGGUGGAGACGCACCCAAAUUAGAAAACCGGCGAUUCCCUUUGGGUUUCUACGCUAACCACCCCGACACCAAAAAGGCCGGAGUCGCCAUUCUAUUCGCCCACUCGGUGCCAUUCCAAACUACACAAACUCUAGCAGACCCGAAUGGGAGGUUCCUCUUCUUGAGAGGCACCAUCGCAGACCAUGAAUACACCUUCGCGUGCUUAUACGGACCAAACAGAAAGCAACACACGUUCAUGCGCCAGGCGCUAGCCAAACUGGAGAAGUUCAGAGGGGGCCUACUGAUAGCAGCAGGAGAUCUAAACAUGCCGUUGGACCCCAUACGUGACACCUCGAGGGGCCAAAGUGCGAUCCCCACACACUGCCUGAAAGCCACGCAACGACUCCUGCACAAGAUGGGGCUAGUGGACUGCUGGAGGACGUACCACCCAGACGCCCGAGACUAUACCCACUACUCCGCGGUACACGGACACUAUAGUCGAAUCGACUACAUUUUCAUGGCCCAGGAGUAUCUUAACCUACUACGUAGCGCAGACAUCGGCAUCAUGGACCACUCUGACCACGCACCGGUUCUGAUCGAUACACAAUCCCCGCUCUUUAAACCCAGAGACAGACAGUGGAAACUUAAUGAAUCCAUGCUGGACGACCUGGAAUUUACCACAGCUAUGAACCAGGCCCUAAAUGACUACUUCUCGACAAAUGAAAGUCCGGACAUACAGCCACUGACUCUCUGGGAAGCGCAUAAGUGUGUCAUCCGUGGACACCUUAUCACGAGCUGCACCCGCCGCAAAAAACAAAGGACGACGCAAAUUGCUAACCUGACAAGCCGCAUAGCUGAGCUUGAGCAAACCCAUAAAUCCACUUUGGAUGAUAACACAUACCUCCGACUCACGGAAACUCGCAGAGAGCUUCGGGACAUAUUGACCCAAGGACUACUCCACACAGCCAGGAAAACAUCCCGAUACUUCUACGAACAUUCGAAUAAAAGUGGACGGCUGUUGGCGAAGAUGCUCCAGGAAAAACGGAGAACACGACACGUCCACAAGAUACACACGAAAGAAGGCGCUAUCACCCGGCUUCCGGAGGGCAUCCUAACGGCUUUCAAAGAAUAUUACAGGACGCUAUACGACCAAGCACAGCACAAAACGGGAAAUACAGUAGCACAACACCAGGCACGGAUAGCUGCAUACUUGGAAGAACAUACCACCCGUAAACUGACGCCUGAACAAGAGGCCGACCUAGAACAACCCAUUACAAUUGAGGAAUUAGCGGGAGCCUUGAAAACAUCCAAACCCCACAGGGCUCCGGGACCAGACGGCCUCCCUAUAGCGUAUAUACGCACCUUUAAGGACGUUCUCCUUCCUAGACUCCUCACCGGAAUCAAUUCCCUCCAAGAAGGAGGACGAUUCCCUACGGACACCCUGAGGGCAACGGUCGUGAUCAUACCGAAGGAAGGAAAAGACCCAACUAACUGUGCCAGCUACCGUCCAAUCUCCCUACUAAACGCGGACAUAAAACUCUUCGCCAAAGCCAUGGCCACCAGAGUAGCGCAGACGCUCCCCGACCUGAUCCACCCGGACCAGGUCGGGUUCAUACCCGGGAGGGAGGCUAGGGACAAUACCAUCCGAGCCCUUAACAUCAUACACGCAACAGUGGCCGGCAAACGAGACAUGGUGCUUCUAUCCACCGACGCCGAAAAGGCAUUUGACCGGGUAGACUGGGAUUACAUGGCAGCGACCCUGAGUCACAUGGGGUUUGGUCCACGGCUGCGAACCUGGGUAGCCGCGCUAUACACCACGCCGACUGCACGCAUACGUGUCAAUGGAGCCCUGACCGACUCAUUUGACAUAAGCAAUGGCACAAGGCAAGGAUGCCCCCUAUCCCCCCUUCUAUUCGCCCUCACCCUCGAACCCUUCCUCGAAGCGGUCAGACGGCAUGGAGGGAUCACGGGAUUUAGCAUAGGCGGACAGGAACAUCGAGUAGCGGCCUAUGCCGACGACAUGCUAUUUUUCCUGGAGCAACCUAGGGUGUCGACACCGAACCUCCUGGACACAUUCCGAACCUACAGCGAGGUAUCCAACCUCAAGCUAAAUCUGGAUAAAUCCGAGGCAAUGCUGCUCACGAGGGACGCGACUCUCCAGCAACACAUCCAAACGCAAUUCCCCUUCAGAAUAUGCACCUCCAAAUUGAGAUAUCUUGGCGUCUGGCUACCCGAGGACACGACGCGCAUAUACCAACUGAACUUCGCACCCCUUCUAGCAACCUUACAACUGGAUAUAAAACGGUGGACGGCCCAGUACAUCUCCUGGUUUGGACGCAUAAACGCGAUAAAAAUGAAUGUCAUGCCUCGCAUUCUAUACCUAUUCCAGACAUUACCAACAUCUAUCCCCAGAGGGUUCUUUCAAGCAAUUACGACUACCAUCCGACAGUUCGUCUGGAACCACAAACCAUCACGCGUGAAACGGUCCACCUUAGAACGACCAAAAAGCCAGGGAGGAACGGGACUCCCGUCGAUCACCACAUACUACCAGGCAACCCACAUACAUCGACUGGUCGAUUGGCACGCUAACCCGACCACUAAACAAUGGGUCCACAUAGAAAAACAACAAGCCCUAGGCAAAAUCCCCGCCCAACUGUGGCUGGGCGAAACAUCCUUUGAGAACAUACGCACGGACAACCCAAUGAUAAACGCCACGCUGCAGGUCUGGUGCAGGGUUCGCUACAACGGGAACCUCACGACGUCCCCCAACCCGCUUACACCUAUCACCAACAACCCAAAGCUGGCGGGAGGGCUUAGCCCGGCCGACCUCAGGAACUUGGGAGCCACAGACUGGGUAUACAUGAGCCAAUGGUGUGACGGGCCGAACCUAAAAACAAUAGGAGAUCUACUACAAGACCGCCGACCAACUAGAAUGGACGAGUUUCGAUACCAUCAAAUAAAAACGUACGCUGCCGCUCUGAAAGGCAGGGGACACCUGCACCGUCCACUGCUCUACCUGGAACAAUUAUGCACAGACAGACACCACCUCCCACAUGGAGUCUCGAUCCUGUAUACCAUGCUCCAAAACAGCGGUAACAAACCACCGCUGGGGUUCACUACACGAUGGGAAAGAGACGCAGAUGUCAUACUCACAGAUAG